CGAGCACUACGCUUCGUACAGUAAACAUCUCAGCUAAACAACCUCAAAACACAACAAAAUUCAAGAUGUGCCAGAACAAGAACAUCAUCAGCAACAACAUGAACGCCAAGAGCAACAAGAAAUCCUACAGCGUGAAGAAGCUGCUGCAAAAGAUCUUCAAGCAGCAGCAAGUCGAGGAGCAGCAGAACAUGCAAAACACACACAAGGCCAACUCAUUGGAAUCUCUGGAGUCCAUGGAGAACAGCCGCAAUGCUGAUCUCGAGUCCAUCGUCAACAAAUCCUGCGCCGACUCUCUGGAAUCCUAUGAGAACGAGGCCAAUGAGCGUCUCUCCGCCUCCUGCGAAAUGGAGGACUACGAGCUCGAGCAGUUGCCCACCGUGCCAGUUCACUUUGUGCGCACCGCCCAUGGCACCUUCUUCUGGACCGCCGCCUCCGAUCUGCCCGCUGACAACGAUCUCGUCGAGCCACUCUACUGCAGCACAGCCAACGAAAUCGCCGUCGCACAGUUCCAGGAUCGCUGGGUGCAGGCCUAAGCAAUCAACGUUUGGUCAUCCACCCACAUGCAACAAUGUCUUCCACUUCUGGGACCAGCGAUCAGCGGCUCCAGCUUCCUGCUUUAAAGCGUCUUCUGCUAAUUUUGAGCAUCCACAACAAAUCAAAAUUAACAGCAAGGCGCAACACUCAAUCGAGCUUUACAAAAUUGUGAUAAAUUUUAACUCAUACUUUAACAAAAAA